AUGCCCAAGAGACGCGCAUCUCCCGCGGAACCCUCCCGCAGCAAGCGCGGGAAGCGCGACUCAGCCGCAUCCGAGGCCGAGAGCGGGGCCGACGCUCGAGACACACCCAAAACCCUCGCCGCCUCUCCGGAACGCCGCGAAGCCCUACUCGCCAAAUACCCUUCCUGUAUCCCCUCCAAGCUCGCUGAGCUCGACGAGCAGCGCUUCUCCUCUACCCCCGCCGCCAUCACCUCUCGCUCGUCCAACGGGGACAGGCCACAUAUGACGAAGGACGAAUUCGUCAGCCUCGUCGAGUGGAAACUCAAACACGGGACGUUCCGCCCUGCUCUGCUGGGCAUGGCGAAGCAGCACCCGCCAGAGCUGGUCGUCUCGACUACAUCGGAGGCGUUUGCCCUCCUAUUCCAGACGGAAGGAGGCGGGACGAUCAAGGCUUUGAAGGUUCUGACGGCCCUUAGGGGAAUCGGACCGGCAACGGCCUCGCUCUUUCUCUCGUGUGUGAACUGCCACGUACCCUUCUUCUCGGACGAGAUGUUCAGGUGGAUGAUGUGGGAUGAGCCGGGGGGCGGGGGAUGGAACAGGAAGAUCAAAUACACGGAGAAGGAGUACAAGGAGUUGCUAGGGAGGGUGGAGGAGGCAUUAAGCAUGGAAGGGAUGGAGGGGGUCAGUGCUUGGGAUCUGGAGAAGAUUGCGUAUAUUUUGGCAAGGGAAUAG